AUGAGUCAGAAGAAGACACUUGGAACUGUUACAGAAUGUAUAGAGAUUUGUGAUGAUUCGGUAUCUUUGCUGAGCGAUGUUAAUCUUUCAGUUUUAAAUACUUCACCACUUUUAAUCGAAGAAAAAUGUGGUGAGAUAGCGAAAAGUGAUGAGAAGGAUAAGGGGAAGUGGUUUCACGCGAAGCCGUCUAGAUUGAAUUUUGCAUCGUUAUUUCAUGGUGGAUCACAUCGAAAAUAUAAAAGAAGCAGUAGUGUAGUAGAUAUAGCAUCAUCAAAAGGUGUCGAUGAAAUGACUCAAAUAAAUAAGGAUAGUUCAUUAUCUAGUGCAAAUGCUGGCUCGGUACCACAGUUAGAUUCCCGAAUUCUCCAGGAUAGUUGUUCAUCAAGUGUCGGUGGGCAAUCGCAAUUUGCGAAUAAUGAAGAUGAACAAGUGGUUAUACCCGAUACCAGUUCAUUACAACCAGUACCACAACACUCAUUAUUGAGUAAUUCUUCUGCUCCGAUUCGAAAAUAUUGGGAGUGUCCAUUAUGUUUCAUUCGACAACCCUCAACGAACUUUCCUCGUCUUUCUUGCUGUAAUCAUCGGUCGUGUAAAAAUUGUCUUGUACAGUACUUGCAAGUGGAGAUAAUGGAAAGCAGGGUGCAAUUAACUUGUCCGGAAUGCAGUGAGUUGCUUCAUCCAACGGAUAUUUACUCCUUAAUGGCACAUUGCCCUGAUUUAAUCAAAAAAUACGAAACAUUUGCAUUGAGGCGUGUAUUAAUGAUGGAUCCAGAUACUCGAUGGUGUCCAGCGCCCGAUUGCACGUACGCGGUUAUCGCAACGGCAUGUGCUGCCUGUCCGGAACUACGCUGUGAACGUCCCGGUUGUGGUGCACUUUUUUGUUAUCAUUGCAAAGGACCAUGGCAUGCCAGUCAAACCUGUGAUGAGGCUCGUAAGGAGCGUGGAGAAAUAUAUCGACGAGCAAUACCACAACUCUCGGCUACACAAGAAAGCACCCUCAAACGUGGAGAUAUCAAAGCGUGUCCUCGAUGUCGUACAUACAUUGUUAAGAUGAAUGAUGGUUCAUGCAAUCACAUGGUGUGUGCGAUGUGCAGCGCUCAAUUCUGUUGGCUUUGUUUGCGAGAAAUCAAUGAUCUACAUUACCUGAGUCCUACAGGUUGCACUUUUUGGGGAAAAAAACCUUGGACCAGAAAGAAGAAAUUACUAUGUCAAGUUGGAACUUUGAUUGGUGCGCCUGUUGGUAUUGCACUGAUUGCAGGUUUGGCAAUACCAGGCAUAAUUUUUGGUGUACCCGUAUUUGUUGGAAGAAAAGUGAAUCAGCGCUUUGCUCAUCUAACUAAAAUUCGUAGACGUUGUUUAACGGCUGGAAGCGUAAUAGGCUCACUAGUCGUUAGUCCAGUUCUAGCGGUGAUGGCUGUUGGUGUGGGAGUUCCCAUUAUGCUAGCUUAUGUUUAUGGUGUCGUACCGCUCUCUUUAUGUAGAAAUGGUGGAUGUGGUGUUGGUAGUGGUUCAUCAAAACCAGAUCAAGACGAUCUUGAUGAUGACGAGAUUUGGCAUGAAAUGAAUAUGCAUAGUCAUGAAAAAUCUCCACUACUGAACGAUAUGGAACGACAGGAUGGUACAUCCGUCAUUACCAGAAUAUCUGUAAAUAGUGCUUUGUCCGGUACGCAGCAGAUGCCUAAUCGUCUACAAGUGCAGGCCGAAUUAUGUCGUCGUAGGCCGAGUAUAGAAUCAGGGAUCAAUAGUUUAGGCGAAAAAUACAACUAUGAAGAAGCGAGCACCAAAGCUAUGGCUGGUUCGCAAUAUAAUGAUGAUAAGAGUUUGCAAACAGUAUGUUCUGGUCAAGAAGCGGUGAGUUAUUGUGAAGAAGUAGCAAGCAUUGUUGCUUUAUCAGGUUCGGUUAUUGACGCCAAAUCUCUCACUGAUAGUGCCAGUGGACGUGUUUUUGUAACACAGAUGUGCUGCCGCGAACGAGACCUGAGUCCAUCAUCACAACACGCGAUUGCUUGUAAUGAUCUUUCAAAAUCAGGUGAUGAACGCUCUUGUGAAAAUCAGCAAAAUAAUGGGCAAGAAACAAUUACUUGUACUCGGGAAGAUGCUAUGUCAUGGGGUGGCGUUUGCAAACGUCGUGGUCACGCAGCGAACAUCGUUUCUUUAAAUGGAGCUAUGGCAUCACAUCGGGUUGCGCAAACAUAUUCCAAUAUAAAAUGUGAUUUCAUUACUGAGAAUACUUCAGGUGGUGAUUCUGAAGAAUUGGUAUUAAUGGUUGACGAAAGCAUUCCUCAACCUAGCGAUUCAAAUAAAGAUUUAAAGCAGUCAUCUUCAGGUUCAACUAAAGUUCGUCAGAUUAUUCGUUCUUCUCAUUCAACUGAUUCUACUGAUUCAAAAGCUGAUCGAUUUCAUAUCCGUGCUCUUUUUGAUACUAUGAAGAGAAUCGUCUCGGAUGAUAUUGUUACUGAAUCUGAAAAAGAAUCGGAUGUUCAGCAGAUCAGUAAUUUUAAUUUCCGUUCGGUUUUGCGCCAUUCAACUCAGAGGAAUGCAAUGACAAAUAAUGUCGAUACGCAUAGUCACAUUGAUGCAUGUUCGAGUAGUAGUGGUCAACGUCCACUGUCCUCCGGUUCAGAGCAUUCCAUUGCGAUAAACAUGAAAACAGACUAUAGUAAUGAUGAAAACAAUGAUGUGAGGAAUAAACGACAUUUCUUUUCAAAUCUUUUUAUCAAACGUUGA